AUGGCACUUCAGCGUGAUGAGUUGCAGAUUGGUUGGAUGAAAGCGGAAGAUCAAACAAUACUAACGUUUCACGAACGUGUCGUGGCUUCGAGCGGCCGAUUCAGCGUGAGUCAUGAGAAUUACAGGAUCUGGUAUUUACACAUCAGGGACGUGGAAGAAACCGACAAAGGUUGUUACAUGUGUCAAGUGAACACGAUCGAGAUGCAAAAACAGAUCGGCUGCUUGGACGUUUUAGUGCCGCCGGACAUAAUCACCGACGAGUCGAGCGCCGACUUGACGCUGAUGGAAGGCGAAAACGCAACGCUUUCGUGCCAUGCCACCGGCAACCCCGAGCCCAAGAUCACGUGGAGGCGUGAAAACGGACAACCGUUGAUGCUGCGCACCGGAUCCAGGGACUUGGUCAAACACAACUCGUAUACCGGUAACGACCUGAAACUUUGGCGGCUUGACAGAAGACAGACCGGAGUUUACUUCUGCAUAGCCAGCAACGGUAUACCACCCGCUGUUAGUAAAAGAAUAACGCUGAACGUUUACUUUCCACCCGUGAUCGCGGUACCCAACCAACUGCUAGGAGCGCCGAUAGGCACAGACGUCACGCUCGAAUGCCACGUGGAAUCCUAUCCAAAAUCCAUCAACUACUGGGUCAGGAAUCGGACGAAAAUGUUGAUGGACGGGCCUAAACACAUUCUCCGAGAGACGAUAUCCGGCUAUAAAGCGGCCUACUACAUCAUCAUAAAGCUUUUCGACCAAUCAGACGUAGGGACGUACAAUUGCAUAUCAACGAACUCCAUUGGGAACUCCGAAGGCACGCUAAGAGUUUACGAGCUACAAGGCGAUAUACCAAUCGGGAAGAGUUCGAAAAACAAAGUGGCCAGGUCAUCGGCGUGUCCGAAGCACAUGCACAUCGUCACGGUGGCCGCGUUGACCGCGGUCUGGGCCACGGCCAUCGGCUGAACGAUCGCAACGAUGACGCGGAAAUAAGAAGAAAAUAAUUAAUCACAUCACGUGUUAUAAAAUUUAUUGAAAUGUCUUUUUGUUUCCUAUUGUUUCCCCUGUUUUUUUUUUUUAUCGUUUUCCUUUCUUUUUGUAUAAAUGAAUAUCUCUAUCCGUCGGUUUAGGUAUUCGCUCAUCAACAGACUGGAUGUCUACUGUGAUCGUGCUCCCGUUGUACAUUUUCCAAUGAAUAACCCUCUAAAACGUUUAAAAUCUCUUACAUGUUCGUUUGCGUUAUUAUUUUUACAUUUUUACCGUUUCGAUUGCGUAUCUCUUCGUCCGCGCGGAGGUGCACCGGACGAUAUUAUUGCGUACGACCGCUGUUCAGGUCGGAAGAUCACGAUUCCCGACGGUCGCCAAGACCCAGGCGCCCCCGGUAUCGAUUCAAACGGUGCACUGAUCGCGAUCGUUUUGGACGUCCGGACGUAGGAAAAAAAUCAAUAAAAUAUCGCGGACCCAAUCGUACGCAAUACGUGUAACGGCGUGUAAUAUAAAUGUGUACGUGUAUGUAAAUAUAAUCGAUGUACUCACCGAUGGUGUCCGGUGAGUCGGACCCGACUUCGGAGUGCGGUCACGCACGGAUUUCUGCGAACAGACGGAAAAAAUAAUUCGUCUGCCGCAACGCCGUCGAAUUGUUUUUCCUUUUCCGUUAUAUAAAGCUUAUCGUUGUUGUUGUAAUAAUUAUUAAUAUCGUACGCUCUACUCCCGAGAUAAUAUGCGCGUUGCGGAACAGCUUCGAUCGUUUUUUUUUUUCCGGCACGCGUACGUUACCGCGCGUACUGCGUUCGCCGGCAAUGUAACGCGUUGCCCCGAUAUUUAAUGUGUCGCGAAGUGUUCCGUUCCAAAACCAAUUAUGUACCUACUGUAAAUAUAGAAGAUAAGAAGAAAACGUAUGGAAACCGUUUGAUGCUUUUGGAUCACUGAACUAUUUUUGUGUUGGCUGUAGCUAAUUAAGUUUAAUAAAAUAAAUGUUGCAUAUACUCGAAA